UUCUUAAAAAAAACAAAAUGAUGAUGUUUUGCCGGUCAAAAAUCGAGGUCAGUAGGAGAAGUAGAUGGUGGGAUAUCAAGCGUCCUACUAAUGAGGGGGCUAGCUCGUAGGAUGGAAAUAGGGUACAGCAGCAGUGCAGAUGGUGGCUCUGCUGCAGUGCAGUUGUUGCUGCAACUGCAGCACUUUGUUGCAGCUGCUGUUGCUGCUGCAGCAGUUGUAACAAGUGCUGUGUCUGCAGCUGCAACAGCAGUUGCAGGUUCUGCAGGUUCUGCAGGUUCUGCAGGUGCUGCAGGUGCUGCAGUUGCAGCAACAGCUGCAGCUGCGACAACACUUGUUGCAGCUGCUGUUGCUGCAGCAGCAGUCAUUGCAGCUGCUGCGACAAGUGCUGCAACAGCAGUUGCAGGUGCUGUUGCUGCUGCAACAACAGUUGCAGAUUCUGCAGUUGUUCAAGCUGACACAGGUGCAGGGAAGGUGGAGGUCGUGAUCAAGGCUGAAGGGGAACCCUCAACCACAACACCUCCUCCCCCUCCCCUGACCCCUGCGCAGUGGCGCAAGAGAGAGAUACAGGAGCAGUUGCGGCAGCAACAGGCGCUGCUCGCAGAAGCCGAGAGACAGGAGGCAGCAAAAUUGGAGGCUGCAACAGAUGCAUCUCGCAAGGAGCACCUGCUGCAGCAGGCCGGGAAAACUGUUGCUGAUACGAGGGUGGCCCAGUGUACCAGAGACCUGGCUGAGCUGGUACUAUUGCAAGAAAAGUUGACAGCCGACCAUUUCACAAACUGGGAUGAGCAUAUCCAGAGACUGGAGACUCGUGUGGCUGAUCAGGGAACUCAGCAGACCAAGAUUCUGGACUCCAUCCAGAACUUGACUGCUCAGUUAACAGCAGCCAACAUCAUCAGUCCCCUGGUCCCUGUGGGACCCUCACCAAAGCCCAAACAGUCUUCCCCUCCUCCUUCUCCACCUCCUGGCUCCUCCCAUCAUUCUCAGAAGUCUUCUCCCUCAGUCACCUCCCAGGCCAAAGCUACACCUCCUCCCACCUUUGCUGCUGUUGUUGCUGGGGACUCACGAGGUCCCAAGAUUCCUGCCCCAAGCAAAUUCAAGGGGGAUGACCCCAAGAUUGAUGUGGGGGACUGGACAGCUGGAACCCGGGCCUAUCUGAAAGGGUUUCAGUGCCCAGAGCUGCAAAAGGUGGCUACUGUUGUGGGUCUGCUGGAGGGGCCAGCCCAAAAAUGGGCUACCUCUACAGCAAGUGCCCAGCAGCAGACUUUGGAGGAUUGGGCAUUGGCACUGGGGGCUGACAAACUUUUGCAGGCCCAAAAAGAUCGCUUUGCAGACAAAGAGAGGCCACGCAAGGCUGCUGACCGGAUCGUACGCCUGGGCCAGCAGCGAUAUAGCGGCAGUCUGCAGGCGCUGUUCGCUGAGUUUGAACAGCUGACAUCCACCCCUGGAUUGGUUAUGUCUACACAUGACUUGUUGACUAACUUUUGCAGGGCUGUGCCUGAAAAGUUUUGUGUUGCUUUGUACAGCGCCGGGCACAAAGACUGGCGCUCAUUUGGACACGCAGCACUGGACAUGGAAGCCAAGCUUCAUGUCCAGGCCCCCUCCAGUGACAAGAGGAGAGGCGCCUUCCCUCGCGGUGGUAGAAAGGGAAAGGCGGCCUUUGCAUACGCGGGUUCUGGGACAUCAUCUGAUGCAGGAUCCCGGCCUGGUACACUGCCAGGUGGGACUGCAGCAGCUGCUGUUCCAGAUGUUGCAGCAGUGGUCCAGCAGCUGCAGGCUGCGUUGGGGGCCUUCCAAAAGGCCGGAUCCGCCUCCAGCACAGCCUCCAGCAGCAAGGGGAAGAGCCAGGGACGUCGCUCUUCAACCCCUGCCCGGCGCCUUAAUCUGCCACGUGACGUUGUGGACCAGUAUGCUGAUCUGAUGCAGGAGCCCUUUGGGUUACCCAACCGGCCAACCAAGCAUCAUAUUGAGUUGCUGCCUGGGGCGGUUCCUCCCAAGGGCCGCAUCUACAGGAUGUCACCUGUUGAGCUUGAGGAGCUCAGGCGACAGCUUGAGGCCCUGACCAGCAAGGGCUGGAUCAGGCCCAACACUUCUGAAUUCGGUGCUCCAGUCCUCUUUGUUCCAAAGGGGAGUGGUGAGUUCAGAAUGUGCAUAGACUACAGGGGUCUCAACAAGAUCACUACGAAGAGCACAGAGCCACUCCCUAGGAUCGAUGACCUUCUGGAUAUGGUCCAGGGCUGCACCAUCUUCAGCAAAGUCGACCUCAAAUCUGGCUACCACCAGGUUGAGAUGGCAGAGGAGGACGUCCACAAGACGGCCUUCAAAACCAGGACUGCCAGGGAACAUGCGGAGCACUUGACUUUGAUUCUUCAGGCAUUACGUGACAGCCAGUAUAAGAUCAACAGGGAGAAGUCCUCUUUUGGAGUUCCCUUUGUUAUCUACCUGGGUCAUGCCUUGACUCGUGCACCUGUUCUGAAGUUGCCUGACCCCACUUUGCCAUUUGUUCCCACCACGGACGCUAGUCAGUAUGACAUUGGGGCAGUCCUUCAGCAGGAUGAUGGUAAUGGUCUGAGACCUGUAGAGUUUAUAAGUAAGAAGAUCAAAACUCAGAAGCUUCAGGACUCUACCUACGAGAAAGAGUUGUAUGCUCUUGUCAGUGCCCUGAAACAUUGGAAGCACUUUCUCCUGGGCAGGCACUUCCUCCUGGGCAGGUACUUCAAGAUCUUUUCUGAUCAUUCCACCCUGCAGUGGUUGAAGUCACAGGGAGAGUUGAAUGAUAAACUGACACGCUACAUUCAGUUCAUUGAUCUGUUUGACUUUGAACUGAAGCAUAAGAAGGGUUGCUACAACAAGGUAGCAGAUGCCCUCUCUCGUAGGCCUGACUCUUUUGCUUUGAUCUCCUCUACUCACUCCUUUGGAGAGGAGGUCCGUCAGACCAUCGCUCGUUUGCUGCCUCAGGAUCCGGCUUAUGGACCCAUCGUCAGGAAUCUGCAAGCAGAUCCUUAUUCUGAACCUGGCUAUGCCCUGAGUUCAGAUCUGCUGUAUACUUACAGCAAAGGAAAGGAGCGCUUGUGCAUCCCUGAGGACCAGCAGCUGAGGACACUGCUGAUGUCAGAGUGCCACGAUGCGCGUGGACACUUUGGGUUCCUAAAGUCAUAUGCAGCCCUGUCGCAGCGCUUCUUCUGGAAGGAGAUGCGGAGUGAUAUGCUGCGCUAUGUGGACACCUGUGAGCUCUGCCAAAAGAACAAGGUUCAGCGUAAACCUCCUUUGGGAUUGCUCAAACCUUUGCCCAUACCUGAUGGUCCUGCCCAGUCUGUAUCCAUCGACUUUACAGACUUAGGCAAGACUACCCCUCGUGGCAUGCGUCAGGUCCUGUUCCAGUUGCUACGUCCUGUGAUCUCUCCUGAUCAGCAGGACUGGGAUCUCCACUUGGCGAGGGCACAACUCAUGUAUAACAUGUUUGUCCACUCCUCGACAGGGUUCAGUCCCUACGGGUUACAUGGGGGACGUGAACCACGACAGCCUCUCGAUGACAUCAUCGAUAAGGCUAAGCCUGACCUUACCCCAGGCACGGCAGAGUUCGCCAGACGCUAUCAUCUGGAUGUGGAAAGAGCCCGGACGAACUUGUUCAAGGCCCAAAAGGCCAUGAUUGAACAAGCCAACCGCCACAGGCGGCCUUCCCCCAUCCGCACUGGUGACUAUGUCUGGGUGGCCAGUUCUGAGUUGUCAAGGGAGGAGGAUAUUUCUCCUAAGCUGUUGCCACGCUACCUGGGUCCGUGGCAGGUCCUAUAUACAGUGGGCGCCGAUCCCUUCGGUCCGUCGUAUGUCAUCGACGUCCCGCUGCAUCUACGCACCCAUCCGGUCUUUCAUGCAUCCAAGCUGCUGCCUUUCAUCCCAGCUGAUGCAUUCCCUGACCGGCCCCCUCAAUGGGGCCCACCAAUCCCUGGUAAGGGAUAUGAUGUGGUGGCCAUUGAGGACGAGUGGGGCACUGGCCCCGGCCGGCAGUAUCUUGUCAGGUUUGCGUUCCAGCCUCCUUCUGAGAACCGGUGUUUCUACAGAAGAGACCUGAUCAAGACAGCCAAGUCAGUUGUUUUGAGAUACGAGGCGGCUCAGAAGGGUAAUCUCCCUCGCCGAUCUCCUCGUCUCCACCCUUAGCUCGGAGGUCCUCGCUCCCCCGGGGGGUAAGAAUGUAAUGACUUGCUGCUUGCUGCCGUAUCUGCUUGCGGGGUUGUACUCUACGGUGUGGUUUUGCCUUCUGAGUUGCGGCAUGUUUGUUACUGUGUGAUUGCUGUGUUUUUGUGGUCGCACUGAGGGUUGUCCGCUGUUCUAAAAAUAAAAUAGAAUUAACAGC